UGUUUAGCCUCAACUCUUUAAACCAUAUAGGAUUUCUCUCGGUUAUGUUUUACUGUUGUGAAGGACAGGUUCCUGUUACAAAACUGAAGGUCAAACACUUCAUCACUUCUGGUAGCUGACAUCAUCACACUGUCUCCCUGACCUCUUCCUUCUGAGUCACCCUCUCCUCCCCCUCUACUUUCAAUUCCUCCUUCUUCCCCACACUGCCAGGGCAAGCAUGUUCCCCAUUUCUCUUUUCUCCACACGAGGUCUUUUGGGUACUCAUCCUGCCCUUUGCACCCAGGGGGCUCUCUGUUCCUCCCAUGACAUACCCUGUCUGCAGCAGCCCUGCACUACAUCACCACCUCUGUAAACCAGAGCUCUGUCAUGGCAUGCUUCUUGUUGCUAAAGGCUAUGAAGCACACAGGAGUCUUUGCACCAGUACAUGGGAAAAGCGUCAUGGAGGUCUCCAUAUUCUUCCUUUAUGCUAUGAUACUUCUCCCAGGUACUGCUGGCAGCGUGCAUGAGGUGAAGUCAUUUCUCAAUCACACUGCAUACCUAUCCUGCUAUUUUCCAAACUCUCAGAACACUGACGUAAAGGAUUUAAUAGUUUUUUGGCAAAAAGGCCUUGAAGUGGUGCAUGAAGUAUACUACGGGCAAGAAAAACAUGAUAAUGUUAGUCCUGAAUAUAAAAAUCGCACCAAGAUGGAUAUGGACAAAUGGACCUUGCAACUGUUAAAUGCAGGAAUUGUGGAUGAGGGACAGUAUGCGUGUAUUAUACAGCAGAGAGUUAAAGGAAUUCCAAGGAUCAUACAUCAGUCUGAGUGCUUACUGCACAUCAUUGCCAACUAUAGUCAACCUGAGAUAGCAUGGCUGCACAAAGGGGAACUAAAGCCCAAUGAAUACUUGAAGCUUUGCUGUUCUUCCAGUGGAGGUUAUCCAGAGCCCAAGCAAAUGACUUGGCUAAUUUCACAUGAAAACAGAACACGCAGGCUUAUGAAUCACAUGGAUAUCUCACAGGAUACUGUAACAAAACUGUACAAUGUUGCUACCAAGCUGAAUACCACAGUUCCUACAAACACCCUUACUAAUAUCAGCUGCUUGCUUCACCUUGGAGAGGAGCUGGGGAGCCUUGUCUCAGUGCCACUAGGCAUAGAGAUAAUUCAGGGGGAAGAAAUAGCGCAAGUGAAGAUACAUUUCUUUGGCCCACUUAUAGCUGUGAUUGUACUGAUCACAAUUCUUCUGGGUUUUGUGAUCUUGAAGAACAGAAAUAUCUCAUCCAGCAGCCAGAGUGUCAGUCUAGCAGUCUAGAAGCAAUCCAGCUUGAAACUGCAGCCAUCAGCUAGACUGCUGACUGGGAACCAUCUCUGCACAUAGCAAGGCCUGAGGUCCUGUGUUCUUAGAUGGUGUGCCAGAAAAAAAUCCUUCACAGAUAUCCUACAGAACAACAUGCAACAUUUUUGCCUGAUGGUUGAAAUACACUGUCCAGUGUUCUCUGCUUUUGUUUUUGUUCCAGAAUGGUAGUAAAUAUGAUGCUCUGCCAGUCUGCAUGACUACCUUUGUGCUGUAUCUUCCAUUACAUACCGUGACAUUGUAAAACCCUGAGAGUCAAUGAAGAAAGCAGAGCUGUGUGGGUUUCAGAAGGUUCAGAAACAGAAAGUGUCAGACCACAAUCUGUGAAUCACAACCAUCACUGGAAACAUGAUCAGAGGCAGGUUAUUAAUUAUGAGCCAUAAACGCUUUUGGCAGAGGCAGUGUGAUGUGACUUUGUACCACAAACUUUCUUGUAAAGCUCCACAGCAGCAAGAGGAAAUUCAAGGCACUUCCCCACCCUCUGAGACAAGUUAUGCAAUUCCUAUCAGGCAUUUGAAACUAGAAAUCACCUGAAGGAAAGACUUGCUUUAAAUAUAAUUGCUAGUUAUCUUUUUUUUACUACCUUCCAAGCUUAAUAUGCCCAGACAGUUAGUUCCUGGACUUCCAGGAAUUCUGACUGGAUUCUAUACUAGUUCAAGUGGAUGCAGGGAUAGAAAAUGAAAGCAUGAGGUAUCACUCAUGUGUAGAAAUCUAAAUAUAGAAAAUUAAGCUAAUCAUAUAAUGAAAAAAUGUAAGUAGGUCGUCUUCCAAUUUGUUUGACUGUGUUCUCCUAUUCUGAAGCUUGCUUCAACACCUGAGGAUAGAGCAAUCCAUACACUAUGGUAUGCCCAGCUGUCGGAAGUAGUUUUAACUUUCAGAAGAGUCUCCAUUUCACUCAAAAUGUGCCAGUUCUCCAAUCUUGAAUGAUCUCUGCACUUUACAUUCUUCAACAGCAUUGACAUCUGCCAGGAGGAAGAAUGCAGCAGAACUGAGACAGAAUUCUGCGGAGGUCUUCAUUAUGUUUGUAGGUCCUGACAUUUUCAGC